AUGCCCGCUGGCACCAAGCCACCCACCCGGCAGGGGGCUCCCAGGGGGCAGCACCCCAGGAAUGGGCUCGGUGCCCACAGGGGCCGGGCGAGCCCAGGGCAGGUGCCCCCGCCUGUGCCCAGCGUGCUGCCCCCUGUCCGCCCCGGCCCCUCCUCCCGUCGCUGCUUUGCUGGGAGCCGGCGCCCGCCCCCUCUCCCCGAAAUCCGCCGCCUCCCCCACGCAUGCUCCCAGCUGCACAAGCCGGCAGCGCCGGGAACAGCGGUGCGGGGCGGCGCGUCUCCCCAGCCGGACGCGGGGCCGGGGCUCCCCGGGGCUCCCGCAGACCCUCGCGCGCCAGGCAGUGGCAUAGCAUGGGCAAGCCCUGGCCAAGGCAUGGGCAGCGCUAAGGAGCCAGAGAGCCUGCAGCUGCUCGCACAGGAGGGGGCGGCUGAGGACGGGUGCUCUCCGUGCCGCCAGCAGGCGAGCGGCUACCUCCCCAACUCCCGCUGUGGGGCCAGCACGCUGGCCAUGAGGAACUGCUGCGGCACUGAGCCCAGCGGCCCCGAGCCUGGCAGCCAAGGCAGCACAGAGAGCCGAGCUGAAGCCCCCGCCAUGGCCCAGCAGUCCGAGCCAGAGCCGGCGGCUGGCGGCUGGGCCUUGGCUCUCAAGGGCCCCGGCGCAGGAGCGGGGCCAUUGGAAAAGCAGGACGAGCGAACACAUGUGGCUGUGAGCUGCUUGGGACAGAACGGCGAGCGGAGCUCGGGCCCCUUGGCAUUGCCCCACGGCUCUGUCACCCGCCAGGGCCCUCCAGCAGGGGAGGGCGCUGCCGUGCCCAGCCCUGGGCCGCUGUUUCCGCGCCUCCUGCCGGAGCCGUGCCUCAAGGGGCACAGCAGGGACCCGGUGAGUGCUCUGGCCGCUCUGAAACACGUAUUUCUUGAACCAGCCAACACAGACCCUGAGCCAGACGGUGCCGUAGCCACCGCGCUCAGUCCUGAGCUGGGUCCGGUGCCUCCCAUGUGCCUGCAGGACCAAAGCCAAGAACAGCCUGGGGCCUCCGAGGGAGCUGUGUCCCGCUGGAGCGUGGGAGCCCCUGGCGCAGCGCCACUGCCCGAUGGCGGACUGGGCACACCCUGUGGAGACGCUGGUGGGAAAGCACCUGUAUCUCUGGCAGAGUCCAAGGCCCAGCUGGGACCCCCGGCUGCCCCAGGGGCAGGGGGCAACAGGGACAUGGCGCUUCCUUCUCCUCCGGAAGGUACCAAGGACUCCACCCCGGGAACGGAAACAGCGUCAGGCCCGGGAGCAAGGCUGCCUGCAGGCCCAACCCCAUCAGGCCAAGCCAAGGAGACCAGUCCCCCUGCCCCUCUCUCCAUCCAGAAAGCCGGGCCAGUGGCCCCCUCUGUUGCUGCUCCCAUCAAAUCAGGAGCGAGCCGGGCAGCUCCAGCUGAGGCCGGAGGGGGAGCCGGCCCAGCCCAGAGCACUGCGGAGAGAAGCCCAGCUCAGGAGCAGUGGGGAGCAAUGGAGAUGGAGGUGGGGCCUGGGGAGGAGGCCGCUCAGGAGCCCCGGACUGUGGAGCUGCUCUCCAAGACCUACUCGUUUGAGGUCACUCCUCCCCCGCAGGAUGCCGGGACUCAGGACGCUGGGACGCAGGUCGGCAGCCGAGUGUCGCUGGUGUCUGUGGCCAUCAGCCCCAUAAACCCCCCGGACGGGUCCUCGGCCUUCACCUUCCACAGCCGGGGCCAAGGCCCCUCGGGCCUGAAGAGCCCGGGCCCGGAGCUGAAGCCCUCCAAGAAGGACGCGGAGAUGCAAGUCUCCAUCCCAUUGGAGACCAGGUCUGUGGCCACGGGGCCCAUGACGCCGGUGGCCAAGUCUCCCCAGGCACCCUACCCCGAGGUGCACGUGAAAGGGGCGCAGGAAGAGCCGCCCGAGCCCAUCCGGGAAGUCAGCUGGGACGAGAAGGGGAUGACGUGGGAGGUGUACGGUGCCGCCAUGGAGGUGGAGGUGCUGGGCAUGGCCAUCCAGAAGCACCUGGAGAAGCAGAUUGAGGAGCACGGCCGGCAGGUGGUGAUGACGCCGCAGAGCACCCGGGCCAGCUCCAUCAAGGGGGUGCCGCAGAAGGGGGAAGUCAAGCGGCAGCCCAGCAUGCUCCGGGCCCUUCUGCAGAGCGUGCGCCGGCCCCGCUGCUGCUCCCGGCCCGGUCCCGCCGCGGAGUGAGGCCACCGC